GCAUUCCAAACAUUAAGUAAUUCUGAUAUAACUAAUACCAAUUUGCAUAAUUAUGAUGGUAGUGAAAAUGGUGAGCAAUUAAUAGAAGUGUCUGUCACAGAGCCACAAAGGAUUGGAGAUGGAAUGAGUGCUUACUUAGCUUACAGGGUAAUAACGCAUACUAAUAUGCCAAUAUAUAAAAAACGUUCUAUGAAUGUAACUCGCAGAUUUAGUGACUUUUUAGGUCUCCACACAAAAUUGACUGAAAAGUACUUGCGUUCUGGAAGGAUUAUUCCCCCAGCACCUGAGAAAAGUGUUAUUGGGAUGACUAAAAUAAAGAUAUCAUCCCAAUCAUCAACCGAAUCUCCACUAGCACAUUCACCAGUUGGAUCAAUAAAUACACAUGCCUCAUCUUUAGACUGGGUUGAGCGUCGGAGGGCUUCAUUGGAACGUUUUUUGAAUCGCACUGCUAAACAUCCAGUUUUAGGAAUUGACCCUGAUUUCCGUUCAUUUCUUGAAAUGGAGUGUGAUUUACCUAGAGCGACAAGUACUAAAGCUUUAAGUGGUGCUGGUGUAUUAAGAUUAUUUAACAAAGUUGGAGAAACAGUAAACAAGAUUACAUAUAAAAUGGAUGAAACAGACCCAUGGUUUGAGGACAAAGUGGAUCAAAUUGAUGCCUUGGAUUCACAAUUUCGACAUCUUCAUACAGCUGUAGAAGACUUGGUCAAUCAGCGUCGAGAUUUAAGUUUUAAUACAGGGGCGGUUUCAAAGUCAUUAGCUGUGUUGAGUGGAUGUGAAGAACAUACUGGUUUAGCAAGAGUUCUUAGUCAACUAGCAGAUGUUGAGGAGAAAGUUGAACUUCUUAGAAGUGAACAGGCAAAUUCAGAUUUUUUCAUAUUUUCUGAAAUGCUCAAAGAUUAUAUAGGUAUCAUUGGAGCCAUAAAAGAG